UGAUCAUAACUCCCAUGAUCACAUGGAUCAGUGUAUAUUCUCCCUUUUGAAACGCUUAACGUGCCUUUGUUUGAAUGACCAAAUCGUCCUUUCGGCCUUUUUAAGUGGCGGCAACAACUGGAGUUGGAGCCCUUGUUGCUUUGAACUAUAAGAAAUGGAAGACGACAUCUUAGCAGAGCUGCUAAAUGUAGAGGAAGAGUUAGAGGAGGUUCAAGGCCAAAUAAGGGUGCUGAUUAGUCGGCAGGACAAGUUGUAUGAGAAACAAUCAGAGUUGAAGGCAUUAUUAGAAGCAUGUCAAGGUUCUGAGAGCCCUUCCAAUGCCAAGGUAUCAGCCCCUGUGGAAAAUUGGGCAGGUUCAUUUGAGUGGGACAAGGAAGUGGAUGAUAUCCGUUUCAAUGUAUUUGGGAUAUCUGAGUACCGUGUAAACCAAUGCGAGAUUAUUAAUGCAGUCAUGAGUGGGAGAGACGUUCUUGUGAUAAUGGCUGCAGGGGGUGGUAAAAGCCUUUGUUACCAACUUCCAGCCAUUCUUCGCAAUGGAGUGGCACUUGUAGUCAGUCCUCUGCUAUCCCUUAUUCAAGAUCAGGUAAUGGGGCUGUCUGCUUUAGGCAUCCCAGCUAGCAUGCUUACUUCAAAUACUAGCAAAGAAGAUGAAAAGAUGAUAUAUAAGGCCCUUGAGAAAGGUGAGGGAGAGCUGAAGAUUUUGUAUGUUACACCAGAGAAGAUAUCAAAGAGCAAAAGGUUCAUGUCUAAGCUUGAAAAAUGCCAUCAUGCUGGCCGGCUUUCUCUUAUCUCAAUUGAUGAGGCACAUUGCUGCAGUCAAUGGGGGCAUGACUUCCGUCCUGAUUACAAGAAUCUCAGCAUUUUAAAGACUCAGUUUCCCAGUGUUCCAAUGAUUGCUCUGACUGCAACUGCCACUCAAAGGGUCCAAACUGACCUAAUGGAGAUGUUGCAUAUUUCAAAAUGUGUUAAGUUUGUGAGCACAGUGAACAGACCCAAUCUUUUCUAUGAGGUAAGAGAAAAGUCAUCUGCUGCAAAGGUGGUCAUUGAUGAAGUCACAGAUUUUAUAUGUGGCUCUUAUCCAAAUAAGGAAUCUGGAAUAGUUUAUUGUUUCACUCGAAAGGAGUGUGAGCAGGUUGCCAAGGAAUUACGCGAACGGGGGAUAUUGGCUGAUCAUUAUCAUGCAGAUAUGGAUGCUAAUGAGCGUGAACGUGUCCAUCUACGUUGGAGCAAUAACCGUAUUCAGGUCAUUGUGGGCACGGUGGCAUUUGGUAUGGGAAUCAACAAACCGGAUGUUAGGUUUGUCAUUCAUCAUAGCUUAAGCAAAUCUAUGGAGACAUAUUACCAGGAAAGUGGCCGAGCUGGACGUGAUGGCCUUCCUGCAGAUUGUUUAUUGUUUUUCAGGCCUGGCGAUGUUCCCAGGCAGAGCUCAAUGGUCUUUUAUGAGAACUCAGGAUUGCAAAAUCUCUAUGAUAUAGUCCGUUUUUGCCAGUCUAAAAGAAGCUGCCGGCGGAAUGCUUUCUUUCACCAUUUUGGAGAGCCUUUACAAGAUUGCAAUGGGAUGUGUGACAACUGUGCUCAUCCAACUGAGACUAAGGAAGUGGAUGCCUCUACCCAAGCAAAAAUCAUUGUCUCAUUACUGAAGGAGAUGCAAGAGAAUGACCAAAGGGCUACCAUGUUGCAAUUGGUGGAUAAGUUGAAGGUCAACUCUAGGGGUUCAGGUGGUGCAACUCCUACAAUUCCUGAUCUAAAGAGAGAGGAACUGGAGCAACUGAUUGUGCAGCUUGUUUUAGAUCGAGUUUUGAAAGAAGAAUUUCAGCAUACAGCCUAUUCCACAAAUGCCUAUGUUACUAUUGGACCUCUGUGGAAGCAAUUAGUACAAGGGAAAAAGAUGGUUAAGCUUGAAAUUUCUGUCAACUCAAGAGGAAGUAGAACAAAUAUAAAAGCGGUGAAAUGCAAACACUUGGCUGGCCUCGAAUUAAAGCUUGACGAUUUUCGGAAGGAGCUCUCUUCAUGUCAUGGAGGAAUAUUUCCUCAUGCGGUUUUGUCCACGCAACAAAUUAGCACGCUCAGCACUGAGAGGCCAGAUUCCUUAGAGCAGUUGGAGAAGCUUAUUGGAAAGACGAAGACAGAGAAAUAUGGUGAAAGGAUUCUUGAUUGUAUCCGACAGUAUGUAGAAACAGAGGUACCCAAUGGCUCUGUAAAGGAAGGGGACAGUAUCCAACACAGACCGACCAAGAGAGCAAAGACCAAGAAGGCUCUCAUUAAUAUCGAUACUAGCGAAGACGAACAAUGUUGACUAUGUUCAUAAGUGCUAGUAUUAUCCCCUAUUAAAGGAAAUCUCUCUCUCUCUCUCUCUCUCUCUCUCUCUCAUAUCUACAAAAUAUUAGUAAAUUGCAAUUUUGUAGACACUAUGCUUUAUUUAAUGAAUUUCAGGAAGCGUGCCUGGCACGAUUACAAAGACAAAAAAAAGAACACCUUAGCUCUAGCUGAAGUGACCUUUCCUGAAAAGAGAAAUUGAAGAACCAAUUAAUGACAGAAUGCAUGGUG